CACUUUCCAGCCAGUCGAUGCGAGAAUGUCGAACUGGUCGCUUUGUCCGCUGUUGCUGCUCCUGGCGGUCCACCUCGUCUGUGGGUCCGUGGACUUGCCUGGUUCCCUGGACCCCUCGCUCCUCGAGAACGUGGAUGUGGACCAGCUGCGGUCCAACUACCUGCCGCCGGGCCUGCAGAACACCACCGUCACCCUGGACGACUUCAAGAAGUUGCUGCAGUCGAAGUGCCAGAAGGCCAACGACCACCUGCCCAAGGGAUCGGUGAAUGCCUCUGCCCUGAGCCAGUCCGUCCAGGAUGCGGCCAUGACUCUCGGGGAGUGCCUCUCCGGCCUGGCCAACAUGACCGAGAUCCAGGCCGAGAUCGCGGAGGCCAGUCCCAAGGGCGACCUGGACGUGGUCUUCGAGAAGUACUGCCUGCGCAUGCCGCAGGCCAAGACCUGUCUGCAGAACUUCAACGAGGCCCUCCUGCCCUGCCUGACGCCGGACGAGAAGGCCCACAACGCGGUGAUGCAGCGGAUCGGGGACAAGCUGCUGGAGUUCAUCUGCUACAAGAACGGCGACCAGAUCGCCCUCUUCAUCGCGGAGCAGGGGCCCGAGUGCCUGCAGGGCAGUCGCGACGGCAUCGCCAAGUGCCUGAACUCCUCCUUCGCGGGCUACCUGCCCAAGGACCUGAGUCCCGAGUGGAACCUGCCCCAGCUGGUGCUGGGCCCCAAGGAGUGCGUCGACCUCUACGCCUUCGAAACCUGCACGGUGGAGCUGCUGGAGAAGUGCGCGACGAUCACGCCGAGCAACAUCGUGGAGUCCAUGUUCCGCUACGUGCGGCGGGAGUCCUCCUGCCAGCCCCACAUCGACCGGGCCAAGCGGCAGCAAAGGCAGGCCCUGCCCCUGACCGGCGGAUCCUCCGCCUCCCUGCAUCUCACCUGGACGUCCGCGAGCCUGCUAAUGGCCACUCUGCUCGCCCGGCUGGCCUAGUCCCUCGCUACCAUUUUUUUGAUAUUUUAUAAUUAUGUUUAAUAAACUUUGCAAAGUCGGGAGCGGAGUCUCUGCCACGGACGGACUGCCGCCCGGCGUAAGCCGCUUAA